UUGCUCCUCUCAAACAGUGACCCGCACCUGACUGACUUCCUCGUCGUUUUCCCUCUGUGUUUAUUACGUCGGCACUGCCUACAGAAGACAACACAUUUCUUCAUGAUAAAUAUAUAUCUUAAUUAAUGUUACUGAACUUGAAUUUAUAACAUGACUUAUCAGUUAACAAAGGAAGUCAUCGAUUAAAACCGUACCAAAAGAAGAAUACUUACCACUGCAGUCCGUCAACGUUUGCGUUUUCCUUCAGUUUCAUCCUCUUUUUGCAGAGUUUGCAUUUUCUUUUGGCUUGAAGUAACUUCUUCUUUUGGAGCCAUUUUAUCAAUUUUAAUUUCUUUUUUAAAGUCUGUCUUCCCUCAAUAAGACUGAGUACUUUGGCGUGCAGGGUCAUGAUAACUUUGCAUCAAACCGUCUUCCUGUCUUGCACAUGCGCAGUUCUUACACGUGUCUCACUAAGAAGAACUUGGCAAUGGAGGCUCAGAGGAAGAGCAAGCGUAAAAGGCAGCCUACAAGAGAUCUUGGACGUGUGGAGAAAGCCAUGGCAGAAUUGCCAUCAGAAUCGAGUCAGCUGGAAAGAUCUGAACAGCACAGUAGCCAAACUGCGGCAGAGGAAGCAGCUGUAGUGUGCUGCAGUGAUGGGUCUGACUUUGAGUCAGACACAGUACACCAGCCUACUAAAAGAGUAGCAGCUCAAGGUUCUUCAGUAGCUCCAACAGCUAUUUCAUCUUUGAAGCGCAGUAAACAAGAAAACGUUGUCUGGAAGCUAAAGCUGGAGAAUGCAAAAGAAAAAAUUAAGUCCUUGGAGAAUGAAAGGGACUUCUUAAGGAACCAACUGUCUGAGGCUUUGGCGCUUGCAAAUAAAGAGGACCAAGUGACGGCAGCGCCCUCCUUGCACGAAAAGAGUAUUGAAAAAUCCUCUUCCUCCUCCACCUCCUCCUCCUCCUCCUCCGACAGUUCCUCCUCUUCCUCAUCAUCUUCUUCAGAAAGAGGGAAGAAGAAGAAGAAGAAGAGGAACAACAGCAACAACAAAAAAGACAGCAAGAAAAAAAAAGGGAAGAAAGGAAACAAAAAGAACACCAAGAUAGGAAAGAGAGUCCUCACCCCAGAAGAGUCCAUGGAUCGCUACAGGCGCGUCUUGGUAGCAGUGAAAAAGGGCAUGACAAAAACUGAGGCAUACGUCAAAGUCGGGGUUGACCGAAAAACGGUAGCAGCAACGGCCGCCAUUUCGGAGCUACACGCUGUUGACAAGGACCUGUAUGACCAGCUGAGGGCAUCAAUGCCCAAGGGAGAGACACUUUAUCUUUUUUCGGCAAAAUGUAACCUAGAAAUUCUUGGCAGGAACCUUCAGGAUAAGGUGAAUGAAAAAAAAAGCAACGGGGAACUUUUGCAAAUUGGACACCGGGCAUAGUAAAGAAGAGAGCAGGUUUUUGUUUUGUUUUUAGGGUGCCUUUUUUUUGUUCCAUUUUAAAAUGCCCUUUUUUUUGGUUGAUUUGUUCAGUGACAUCGAGAAAUGCCUUGUUAAAAGUGCAGCCUUUGUUUUUGUUCCCAUUUAAAAUGCCUUUUUUUGUUUCUGUUUGUGUUUUAAAUUGUUAAUAUUGUCUGUAUUACCCCGUUAUUAUGUUAUUAUUAUGUUAUAAAUGUUUAACUUAAGUGUCUGUAGUUCCCUCAUUGUCAUCAACAGUGGUUUGGCGUUUUAUAACUAACCCUAAAGUGCUUCACUGCUGGUAAACGAAUGAUUCAAAAAGCUUCACUACUGGUAAACAAAUGGUUGAAGAAGCUUAACUAAUGGUGAACGAAUGGUUCGCGAAA